AUGACGAGAAAGAAAAUUCAGAUGAGGAUCGACAACACCACAGCACGGCAGGUGACUUUCUCUAAGAGGAGGAAGUGCAUAUUUAAAAAGGCUCUGGAGCUCUCAACUCUCUGCGAGGCUGAAAUAGCGCUCAUUGUCUUCAGGGCUACCGGAAAGCUCUCUGAUUAUGCCAGCCCAAGGUUGAGUGCCUCUUCGACUAUCUCCUUCGGAGAUGAAGACUACAAAGGUGUUUUAUACCCACACGAUGACGCCUUGGUGGUUACUUUGCUGGUCACUAUCUACACUACCAGAUGGAUAUUGAUUGUAAAUAGGAGUUCCACUGACAUCCUGUUCUGGGAUGCCUUCACUAAGAUGGGCAUCAACCCUGAUAGACUACGCCCAUCACCCACUCCUCUAAAUAGUUUAAAGGUUGUCACCUGUACUUACCACUUAAAAAUGAAGUUCCUAACAGAGUCGGGUGUCGACGAGGUAAGAAGAGAACAAAUUCUAGCAAGAGAAUGUUAUGUGCAGGAACUCAAGGCAGCAGCGCCAUCAGUAUUCAUUGUGGAGAACUCAAGUGCUAACCUACCGCCCCCACCGUUGGUUGUUACUGACUAA